AUGCCGUCGGCCAUGGCUCGUUCCCUGGCCGGGCGAGCUCCGGCGGUCCUCCGACACGGUCGACGAAUGGCUCUGCCCGUCCGCAGCUUCACCAGUCUGACCGCCGCCUCCAAGAGCUUCACGCCAGCCCAGUCACAGCUUGCUCAGGCCAGGCUCAACCAGAAGCGUCUGUUUCAGUCCGCCGCCGUGCGCCUCAACGUUUCGCAGCAGGCUCCCAACCCCAAGGCGUACCUCGAGAGCGGAGUCAUCAAGCCCAAGGAGCUUGUUGACGUGAAGAAGGUCCUGGUCAUCGGCAGUGGCGGUCUCGCCAUUGGACAGGCUGGCGAGUUUGACUACUCAGGUUCGCAAGCUCUCAAGGCUCUCAAGGAGGCUGGCGUCGCCUCUGUCCUCAUCAACCCCAACAUCGCUACCAUUCAGACCAACCACUCCCUCGCCGACGAGGUGUACUAUCUGCCCGUCACCCCAGAAUACGUCACCUACGUGAUCGAGAAGGAGAAGCCCGAUGGUAUCUUCCUGUCCUUUGGCGGCCAGACGGCGCUCAACCUCGGUGUGCAGAUGCAGCGCCUCGGUCUCUUUGAGAAGUACGGCGUCAAGGUCCUUGGUACCAGUGUCAAGACGCUCGAGACGAGUGAGGAUCGUGACCUCUUUGCCCGUGCGCUUGGCGAGAUUGAUAUCCCCAUCGCCAAGUCCAUUGCCGUCGGCACCAUCGAGGAGGCCCUCGAUGCCGCCGAGAAGGUCGGAUACCCCAUCAUCGUCCGUGCCGCCUACGCCCUCGGUGGUCUGGGCUCGGGUUUCGCCAACAACGAGGAGGAGCUCAGGAAUAUGGCUGCUCGCUCCCUGACCCUGUCGCCCCAGAUCCUGGUCGAGAAGUCCCUGAAGGGCUGGAAGGAGGUCGAGUACGAGGUCGUUCGUGAUGCCAACAACAACUGCAUCACCGUGUGCAACAUGGAGAACUUUGACCCGCUCGGCAUCCACACAGGCGACUCCAUCGUCGUGGCCCCGAGUCAGACCCUGAGCGAUGAGGAGUACCACAUGCUGCGUUCGGCGGCCAUCAAGAUUGUCAGGCAUCUCGGUGUCGUGGGCGAGUGCAACGUCCAGUACGCCCUCCAGCCCGACGGCCUCGACUACCGUGUCAUUGAGGUCAACGCCCGUCUGUCGCGUUCGUCCGCCCUCGCCUCCAAGGCCACCGGCUACCCCCUCGCCUACACGGCCGCCAAGAUUGGUCUCGGCCACACCCUGCCCGAGCUCCCCAACGCCGUCACCAAGACGACGACGGCCAACUUUGAGCCCUCGCUCGACUACAUCGUCACCAAGAUUCCCCGAUGGGACUUGUCCAAGUUCCAGCACGUCAAGCGCGACAUUGGCAGCGCCAUGAAGUCCGUCGGUGAGGUCAUGGCCAUCGGCCGCACCUUCGAGGAGUCCUUCCAGAAGGCCAUCCGCCAGGUCGACCCCAAGUUCGCCGGCUUCCAGGGCGACCACUUUGAGGACCUCGACUUCGAGCUCCAGAACCCCACCGACCGCCGCUGGCUCGCCGUCGGCCAGGCCAUGCUCCACCACGACUACUCUGUCGACAAGGUCCACGACCUCACCAAGAUUGACAAGUGGUUCCUCUACAAGCUCGAAAACAUUGUCAACAUGACCCGCGAGCUCCAAGACGCCGGCGGCCUCAGCGCCCUCACCAAGGACCAGGUCCUCCAGGCCAAGAAGCUCGGUUUCUCCGACAGGCAGAUUGGCAACGCCGUCAAGAGCACCGAGGACGAGGUCCGCGCCGUCAGGAAGAACUUCGGCAUCCGCCCCUGGGUCAAGAAGAUCGACACCCUCGCCGCCGAGUUCCCCGCCGACACCAACUACCUGUACACCACCUACAACGCCUCGUCCCACGACGUCACCUUUGAGGACAAGGGCACCAUCAUCCUCGGCAGUGGUGUCUACCGUAUUGGCAGCUCCGUCGAGUUCGAUUGGUGCGCCGUCAGCGCCACCAACGCUGUCCGUGAGCUCGGCCAGAAGGCUGUGAUGAUCAACAAACGACUCAUUCUCAAGGCCGAAAACAACCAGAGUUGGCACUAUCGACAAGUGGCCGAAAACUACGCAGAGUACAUCGAGGCCUCCAAAGUCAGAGUGUACAGAUCACGGGCCAACAGACCGGGUCAACAUGCUCAGUAUCAAGCAAACAAGAUCACUAAGGCACUCACCGAGAAGACGUUCCACUGCGAUGUCUGUGACAUUCCCUUCGGCACGAAGCAGAGAUUGAGUGAUCAUCAAAAGACGCCCAAGCACCUCCGCAAGUCUGAGGAGGGAAACAAUCCCUUCGUCUGCCAGCCGUGCAAUCUCGGGUACCACAACAAGAGCAAUCUCACCCGCCACGAGAAGUCGGCUCGCCAUCAGCAGAACCUUGCUGCCUGGAAAGAGAACAACCCCUAA